AUGCCGAUCGUCACCCCGGCUUACGCUGCCAUCAAGGUGAUCGUGAAUGAUACUCCGAUCACCGACUACGAUAUCAGUCAGCGCGCCAGGUUGAUCACGCUUACUCAGCGAAAAUCCGCCUCCAUAGCGAAGCGCCAGGCGGAACAGGAGCUGAUCGAUGAUCAGGUGAAGCUUGCGGAAGCGGAAAGAAUGGGGAUCGAAGUUGGUUCCUCCGAGAUCGACAACGCAUUCAACAACAUUGCGCGCAACGUCAAGAUGUCACCGUCCCAGCUUUCCAAGGCUCUGCGAAGCGGUGGGGUCAAACCGGAAACCCUGAAGGCGCGCCUGAAGGCUCAACUGGCCUGGAACCAGCUUCUGAGACGUCGGUUCAGCGGCAAGAUUGAAGUCGAUGAGUCGGAUAUUAUCGCUGCUCUCCAGAAGAAGGAUGAAGCAGACAGGCAAAAAUCGGUUGAAUACGACCUAAAGCGUGUAAUCGUUGUUGUCCCGAAAAAUUCCUCCGGCGGCUUCAAGUCGAAGCGCAAGCAGGAAAGCAACAAGAUCCGUGCUGCAUUCAGCAGUUGUGAAGAAGUCGGAAGCGUUCUGGGUCAAUACAGCGAAGUCGUUGUUCAGCCCAUCGGACGCCGCCUUGAGACCGAGUUGCCUGCAGAAAUGCGGGAGGAAAUCAAUUCUCUCGGCCCGGGCAAACUGACCAAGCCAUCGGCCACGCCUGUGGGUUAUGAGAUGAUUGCCAUAUGCGGCAAGCGGGAAAUUGCCUCCGAUAUCGCGGUGCGCGCCGAACUGGAAAACGAGCUGCGCGCCAAGGAAGGCGAGAGCCAAUCCAGAAAGUAUCUCAUGGAUGUCCGGCGCCGCGCGACGAUCAUCUAUCGCUAA